AUGCGCCGCCAGUCUCUCGCGAGGGACCGCUCGCUGAAUGCGUCCGCUUCGCCGUCGCCUGCGAGCUCAGCGCUCAAUUCGCGUGAUGCCUCGCCUGCACGCAGUGCCCAGCGCCCCACGGCCGCGCCGCCAGGACCCAGUGCCCGCUCACAGUCGCAGUCGGCGCUGCUGUCCCGCAAGAGCAGCACCGACGUCAGCCCCAGCCGCGCGCCCAGCGCCACGUCGCCCGGCCUCUCCGCUGCCAGCAUCCAGCGCGCCCUCUCGUCGGCGAGCAUCCCCCAGCUACCGCCCACUGCCGCCAGCGACUCGGUCAAGGCACCGCGGCCCCUGAAGUCGCCCUCCGCCGUGCUCUCCGGCGACAGCACGCCCCAUUGGCCCCUCUCGCCGCGCAUCAAGUCCCCGCCGCCGCCAGACGCCCGCGCCCACUCGCGCUCACGUCGCAACUCCCUUCGCACCCAGGCCCGGAAGCCUGAGGCGCCAUCGACGCCCUCUAUCGUAGUCCAGCACUCGUCGCCCUCGCCCGCCUCGACACCGCGUGUGCCCGUCAGCGAGGAGGUGCUGACGCCCGGCGAGGAGGACCUGCCCACCAUCAUGAGCGUGAAGGGGCCUUCCCGCGGGGCCAGCGGUGUCGCGCCCAAGCUGGAGACUGUGCAGGAGUCUAGUCUGCCUGCAACACCGGGUUUCGACGGCAUUGAGCCGCACAGCUUCACUUCCACAGCAACAACGUCAACACCACACAAGCAGCCCGAGGAAGCACGAAAUGACGUCAGCUCGACAAAGGUUAGCGAAGACCUUAGCAGCCGCAACAACAACAUGCACGCCAACACCGGAAGCGGCAGCGACAGCGGCACAAAGACUGGCAGGAAGGGCAAGAUGCAGGAGCCGCGCUCGUCGUCAACCCACCGAGUGAGCAGCAAUGUCUCCACCAAGCCCUCGUUGACGUCGCUGUCGUCCCGGGCCCGCGACCCACCCCUGCGCAACAUGACAGUUGAGACGGAAACUGUCCCGUCGAUAGCGCAGGCUACUAUCAGCAACCAGGAUCGCUCCGCCUCCGGACGUGUCGAUGGCACCCUGCGAUUAAAGCCGAGCAACGAGACGAUACGGCCAAAGAAAGAGAGGAAGCCCCCGAAGCGAAAAGCGCCGUCGAUCCACUCAGGCACCGGUAGGUCCUCGCAACUUUCAUAUCACUAUCAAAUUCCUAGCAGGCCCGACAUGGCCCCCCGUUCGAGCACUGCGUCUUCGUUUGGGAGUCAGGUGUCACUGCGCUCCUACGACGACCGGCGAUCAACGGCAACCAUGUCACCACCCGCGAGCCCAGAGAUGGCCGUGUCUGCUUAUGCUCCGUCGUUCAGCUAUUUCUAUUCCAGUACUAACUCAAGUUCUCGAAAAGCCUCGUCGAAAGCCGACGUAUUCGAACAGAAGGUCGCCAGCGCGGUUGACGAAGCCAAUUCCUCAGACUCAGAUGCCACCUUCAUCUACGAGUCAAACCCUCCUGAACAGCAACCCCACCGCAGCCGGGGUGGUCACCACUCGAGAACGCCGAGCAUGACAUCAAUUGCCAGUCUUGCAGACCCACGAUUGGCGAUUCGCAACGAACACAAGAACCCUGGGAAGAAGAGCAGUAUGAAGUUCACGAACCCAUACACCAACCCAAACUUGGACCUCGAUGGCUUGGACCGCGGUGAAGGAACGAUACGCCUAGGAUCCGGCCGCGCUGGCACAGGCAGCCACCAUCACCACAUCGGUAGACAUGGCCAAGGCCGCGGCGCGCUUGGUCACAUCCUACUAAACGACGAUGCUGCCUCAAUGUCGCAGUCUUCGCGUGGCCGCGGCCCGUCUUCACGACAUCCAUCGCAGCCAAACAGUCCUCGCUUCCACAACUUCUCCAUACAAAACGGCACAAUUGCUAGCAACAGCAAGUAUGGGGAACUAUCUACAUACGACAUCGAUGCGGGCAUUGUGGCUGACGACGAGCGCACGCCGCUGAUCCCAUCGGUCCGAAGCCCUCGUGUCCGGACACCGCGCCGCAGGGACAGUGUCACACUCAGCAACCUGCAACGACAGCUGGAUCAUCGCAGACAGCGCAAUGAAGGCGGAUGGUGUCGUCGAUUCGCAGGAUGCCUUGUUCUCUCCAUCCUGCUACUUGUUGUUGUGUUCAGCUCCGUGGGGCUAGUCUUCGCAACAACAAAGCCUCUGGACGCUGUACAGAUCAGCGAGAUCCGAAACGUAGUAGCUAGCCAGGAGGAGUUGAUUUUGGAUCUGAUCGUCCAUGCCGUAAAUCCAAACAUCAUUGGGGUUACUAUCACGGACAUGGAUGUCAGCAUAUUUGCAAAGAGCAAGCACGUAGGCUCUGACAAGUGGUGGCGGGAGCACGGCAACGGAGUGCCGCACGACAACGAGGAGGACUGGCCGACCAUCGAUUUCCCAGAAGUCGUAGCAGCAGCCUCGAAAACGCCUGAUGGAGUCGACGAGGGUACAGAUCCCAUUGAGGAUCCAACCGUCGGCGAACCUCGUACUAUGUUGCUCGGCCGCAUCUUUCACUUCGAUUCACCUCUCACUUUCGAGGGUUCUUACUGGCAUCGACGCAACGUCUCCUCGAUUGGCGAGAUCCGUCUGACACACCCGGGCAACAAGACGGAAGCUGGUGGUACAGAGCGAUGGGAAGAGGUCUCGCAGUAUCCAUUCGAACUUCUCGUGCGGGGCUACUUCAAGUACCAGCUCCCACUCAGCACACGAGAAUUGAAAGUCUUAGUUGGGCACGACUAUCACUACGAUCCAGACGCCGAGAAGAAGAAAAUGAUCCAGGCCAUCGCGAGAACGAUCGAGUCAACGAACGCAGAGCAGCCUGCAAACGCUGUAUCGCCAAACACACCAGGGAGAUACGACCGUAGAGCCAAUCUGACCGUUCUACAUCGGUAG